CAAAGCCUGUGACGCGACGCGACGAGAACACGCCCCCAGAGAUCCGCAGUCACGUGAGGCCUUUAAACCGGCGCCAUUAUCUGAGCAGGCUCCUAUUCUACCGCAGCCGGCGUCGCGUCCUGAAACCUCUCUGUGUGUGUGCGCGAGAAGAACUGAGCAGCUGAUUCAACAUGUCUGACGAGGGAAAGCUCUUCAUUGGUGGUUUGAGCUAUGAGACCACGGAGCAGUCCUUGGAGGAGGCUUUCUCCAAAUAUGGAUCAAUUGCCAAAGUUGAUGUCAUCCGGGACCGUGAGACCGACCGCUCCAGAGGCUUUGGCUUUGUGACGUUUGAAAAUCCAGAGGAUGCAAAGGACGCCAUGGCUGCGAUGAAUGGAAAGUCCGUUGAUGGCCGCAUGAUUCGCGUUGAUGAAGCUGGCAAAUCUGGUAGACGGUCUGGUGGUUUCAGAGGAGGUUCGUCGGGUGGCAGGGGGUUCUUCAGAGGAGGCAGAGGUAGAGGUGGUGGAGGAUAUGGUGGAGACCGAAGCUAUGGCGGUGACAGAAGCUUCGGUGGCGAUAGGGGCUAUGGUGGUGGAGAUAGAGGCUAUGGGGGAGGAGAGAGGAGCUAUGGUGGAGGCGACCGAUCCUACGGUGGCGGCGGAUACUCCAACAGGAGUAGUGGGUACUCUGGUGGCAGCGGCGGUGGAUACAGGGAUAACAGGUUUUAGAAGCCAGAGUGGAUAUGACCGUUCUGGUGGAUCCUACAGAGACAGUUACGACAGCUACGCUUCACACGAGUAAAAAAAAAUCCUGAUUGCAAGAUCAUCCCUUCGCUGGCUGUAUAUAAAAAGAUGCGCUCUUGGAAGACCUUUUUGUUUUUACCUUUUUCUUUACGCUUUGUUCUGGUUCAAAUGUUCUAUUAAAGACAGACUCCUUUUUUACCGUGUCAAGUAUCCGCAGGAUGUUCCUCUCAUUGAGGAGCUGCCUAAUAUCCAUGAGCAUUCACUUAUUGUAAGAGUUUCAAAGCCCUGUGAGGCUACCUGUAUCUGACAUUUUACCCUGCGAUUGUUAUAGAUGCUCACAGAGGUUUGAAAUUGUCCUUUUGUUUUUCUUUUUAGUGUGUGUUUAAGAAACUCUGUCUCUGAAACCAUGCGUGAAAGUUGACCUGUCCAACACAGCCUGAAAGCUUCUAAAACCAAUUUCCUCAAAGAUCUUUGGACCAAUUUCUUAGUAUUGGCUCACUGAAAGUGCUUAGAGGGGCAUUUGCAUUUAAAGCAAUUUUAAAAUGGCACCUGAAAAUAUUCGAAUCUGGUCCUCCAAUAGAAGCUUGAUAAGCUGUGAUGUGUUUAUUGCUCCUUGCCACCUCCAUUUUGUGAUGCAUUCCUUUAGUGAAGCAAGGCAGGCAUGUUGCAUUGGAGCUGUCUCCGGCAAACCUCCUUGAUGUUGCUAAAGAUUUGUAAAUAUUCAUUAUCCAAAGAGUAAACCACUAAAGUGGGUCAUUCCGCCUCACGUUAAAGACCGUUGGCCCAAGGUACUUUACUCUUUGACCAGUCUAAAUUUAUUUUUUAAAAGUAUGCUCUACUGUGGACUGAACAUAUCCUCUUAAAUGUCAAGAAUUUGUUCCUCCUUGGAAAGAAAUGUGCUCUGUUCUGUAUAUCAACACCUCAGAAUCCUUUCUUUUUGUAUUAAUCUGGAUUCAUGAAGCUCAUUAAAAAAUGGUUGGAAAAUG